UCUAUUUGAAUAAGUGGUUUAUUGUCUUAUGUUUGAUUAUGUAAUAGGUUAUUAACACACUACACUGCCUGCACCCAGGCGCUUACUGUUUUAAUAUGCUGUGUGUAUCGAUACAUCAGAGCCGAAGUGUUUCAAACAGCUGGAAAAAAUCGUCAUCCUGUACGUUAUAUACUACUGGUACUAAGCAAAACACUGCGGUUAACCCGCCAAAUUAUGCUGGAGCUGCAAGGUAUGGAAAUACGGCAUGUCUUUGCUAUUCACCACAACUGUUAUCUAAUUCUGCCAAGUCGGCGUAUGUAGCAAUGCGCACAAAAUGCCAUCAAUGCCUCAAUUCGGUGUCGGCUAUUCCAACCAGGUUUAUAAGUUACAAGCGGCCCUGGGACUCUUUGUUUAACAACACAAAUACACAAACAAAUAAGGCAAUAUCUGCACUAUAUGAGAAGCCAGAUACUGCCAACCACAAGACCAUCCAUGAGGAUUAUGUAAUGAACUACGCCUCACACACUCUUGGUAAUCAUACAGGGCGUAGCUCUAAUCAAUCAUUUUCUACUGCCCCUACAAAGCAGAAUAUUGUUUUGCCUCAAUAUAGCUUUUCAAGCAACAUGUCUCUGCCCUCUGAAAAUGAUUUAAAAGAUGAUAAAUCUAAGUUACCAGAAAACCUAAAUGACGAAGAAGAGACUGAAACUUUAUCUCAAAAAGAAAGUGAUGUAGAGAAUCCCAUAGUGAAACAUUCACAAUAUGACCAUCUUAUUUCAUCAGUUAAAAAGCAACAAGAAGCAGAGCAAGCAUUUGAAAACACGAUACUUAGUUCUUUGAAAAGUAUGGUUGAAGCGCCAAUGAACAGUUUUAUCAGUCUGUUAUCUCGGGCAAAUCUUUUUGAACGUGCUGAUGAAAAAAAAGCGAAUCAAAAAAAGGGUCAAGGUGAAUUGGAAGGUUCUGCUGUUGUACACAGCAGUGCAAAUAAGAUUAAAAAUGAAACAAUCCCAAAAGAGGAAACUCCACUUUCCUUACUAGACAGCUUGUAUCAGUACGUUCCUUAUGUUUUUUCUAGUUCCGCCACAAGUGCUGUAGCCCAAGACAAGGAAGCUCAAAAGAAAACAUCUAAUAUUCAAGCGGAUAGAAAUCAGCUAGGACAGCGAGUUAGUAUCAACAAUCGCACCAGAUAUCUUAUUCAAUGCAUAAAAGACACCAACAGCAUGCUCACGUUAUCCCAGCGUGUGGAAGAACUAAAAGAUCAUCUGAUGCGAUUUCCUGACACAAGGAUUACAGCUGUGAAGGAAAAUGCAAUCCGAGAGAUCAUGCACAUAUACAGAACCACUUAUGACAAAGACUUGAUACCGGUGUUAAGAGUAACAUUGGCAAUGUUGGGUGCGGUGGAUCCUCCCAAAAGAAAAGGAAUUCGUAUUCUAACCAUAGACGGUGGUGGUUGUAGAGGUGUUUUGUCAGUUGAGAUAUUCCGUCGCUUAGUUGAGUUGAGUGGUCAACCAAUACAUGAGAUGUUUGAUUAUAUAUGCGGUGUAAGCACUGGUGCUAUACUUGGCUUCCUGUUGGGCCUGAAAAAAGUACCAAUUGACUCACUGGGUCCUAUGUACAGAUCAUUCAGCUCACAAGUAUUUGACCAGAAUAGACUGGUUGGAACUGGCAAACUUGUUAUAUCACAUGCAUUCUACAACACAGAAACCUAUCAAAAAGUUCUCAAAGAGACAAUGGGUAGUACAGUGCUUAUUGAGACUGCUGGUUAUGAAGAUACACCAAAGUGUGCUGCUGUAUCCACACUGGUCAACAGAAUGGUUCUCAAACCAUAUGUGUGGAGGAAUUACAGCAUUGUUCCUGGCACCCGACACACACAUUGGCCAGGUACAUGCAGAGGUAAAGUGUGGGAAGCUGUACGAGCUUCUUCUGCAGCUCCCGGCUAUUUUGAAGAGUUUAAGAAAGGUCCAAACAUUCACCAGGACGGAGGGUUAUUAACAAACAACCCAACUGGAGUUGCAUUGAAUGAAUGUAGUUUGUUGUGGCCACAUUCCCCCAUACAAUGUGUGGUGUCAGUUGGUACCGGGAGAUAUGAACCAACAGUUGGACCAACUGGUGAUCAUUUUCUUAGUCUGAAAGAUAAGUUGCUUAAAGUGGUGGACAGUGCAACUAGUGUAUCAGAGGUCCACACCGUGAUGUACGACCUGCUUCCCCCUCAUACUUAUUUUCGAUUCAAUCCAUUUAUGAGAGAGCCACUGUUGUUGGACGACUAUCACCCUGAUAAAUUGGACUUGUUAGUUGAAGAUGCACACGAGUACAUUGCACGUAACGAACAUAAGUUUCAAGCAUGCGUUGAUACUUUAUUGGGAAAAAAAGCCCACAAGACAAGAUGACGAACAUUCGAUGCAGUUUUACCUCAUACUUCUUAUUUGGUAUUGUGGGCUAUGUUGUGUUACUUUGCACUUUUAUAAAAUGCUGAAUUAAUUUAUGACGCAGAUUUAUGUUGUAUGUAAGAUUUAUAUACUUAAAAUGUUGUAUGCUUUCUUUUUGUUUGCUGUUUUACUCAUUGGCAAUAUAUUACAGAUUCUUAACGUGGGAUUGUCUGAAAGCAAUCUAGUACAUUAA